AUGACAGUAGUCACAACAUCGGAGGCCGACGGCAUCUGCACAGUCACGAUAAACCGUCCGGACAAGCUCAACGCAAUGAACACCGAGGUGGCCCUAGAGCUGAUAGACACCUUUGAGAGGAUUGGCCGGGACGACAACAUCAAGGUCAUCAUACUGACUGGCGCAGGCGAGCGGGCGUUCUCUGCCGGCGCAGACAUCGCGUACAUGUCAGAGAUUACCGCCGACGAGUCAGUCGAGUACGCAAGGCUUGGCCAGCGGGUUACCGCCGCAAUCGAGUCCGUAAGGCAGCCGACGAUUGCCGCCGUGAACGGGUUUGCCCUGGGCGGCGGCUGCGAGGUCGCAAUGUCCUGCGACAUCAGAGUAGCGGCAGACACGGCAAAGCUGGGCCAGCCCGAGGUCACCAUCGGCAUCCCGCCCGGAUGGGGCGGAACACAGAGGCUGAUGAGGAUCGUGGGUAUAGCAAAGGCAAAGGAGCUGGUGUACACGGGCAAAAAGAUCGCAGCAGACGAGGCCCGGGAGAUCGGACUCGUCAACCACGUGGUGCCCCUAGCGUCCCUGCAGGAGACGGCACUGAAGAUGGCCCACAGCAUCGCGCGCAACUCGUCCAUGGGGGUACAGAUGUCAAAGCUGGCAAUCAACCACGGCAGAAACGCAGACCUGGAGACGGGCCUGUCAAUAGAGCUCCUGUCCUGGAGAAACUGCUUCACCCAUCCCGAUCGGGAACAGCGCAUGAAGGCCUUUGUAAACAGGUCAAAGUAG